UUCCAAAGCAUGGCUUUGGAAGUAGAUCCGAUCACUGUUCUUUGAAAAUGAACUCAAAUCAAUAAAAAAUUAGAACUGAACAAGAUCAACGAUUCCAUAGUUCUUAAAGGAAUCCAUGAUUGAUCCAACGGCAUCUCGUCAUGUUGGAUGCAGAUAUGAAACUGUCGAAAGGUGGAAGAGGAAGAACUUGUGGGCAGGAACGAGAUCCAAGCCAGAUUCCAAGGAGAUGGUGCUGAUGCGUUGACCGUCGUGAGUAGUCUUCGUCUCUUCUUCCCUCGAUUCUCCGUCACUUUCAUGGUUCACUUACCAGUUGUUCUUGAAGCCACCACCACCGUCUAGAUAUAGUCUAUCGCGCACAGCACAGCAAGGGGAACGGCAUGGAGAACGAAGAGAACGGGGUGGAGGGGCGGCCCGCGAUGGAGAACCCAAAGAAGGAAGAGGAGGAGGAGGGGAAGCGGGGAGAGGCGGUGUCGGUGGAGCGGACGUUCGAGCGGCAGCGGGUGCCGCCGUGGCGGGAGCAACUGACGGCGCGGGCGCUGGCGGUGAGCUUCCUGCUCUCGGUCAUGUUCAGCGUGAUCGUGAUGAAGCUGAACCUGACCACCGGCAUCAUCCCCUCCCUCAACGUCGCCGCCGGCCUCCUCGGCUUCUUCUUCGUCAAGGUCUGGACCAAGGCCCUGGAGCACGCCGGCCUCCUCCGCACCCCCUUCACCCGCCAGGAGAACACCGUCAUCCAGACCUCCGUCGUCGCCGCCUACGGCCUCGCCUUCAGCGGUGGUUUUGGAAGUUACCUUUUUGGGAUGAGCUCAAAGAUCGCCAACCAGACAACAGAAGCAAAUGAUUCACAGAACAUAAAGGACCCAAAAUUAGGGUGGAUGAUCGGAUUCAUGUUUGUUGUUAGCUUUCUUGGACUGUUUUCUCUUGUGCCACUCAGAGAGAUAAUGAUCAUCGACUACAAGCUGAUCUAUCCAAGUGGCACCGCAACUGCGUACCUCAUCAAUGGCUUCCAUACUCCUCAGGGUGAAAAGCUGGCCAAGAAACAGGUGCGGACAAUGGGCAAGUUCUUUGUCUACAGCUUCCUGUGGGGAUUCUUCCAGUGGUUCUACACGGCUGGUGAUGACUGCGGAUUCGAAGCUUUUCCUACCUUCGGCCUCAAAGCUUAUGCGAACAAGUUUUUCUUCGAUUUCUCUGCUACUUACGUUGGAGUUGGAAUGAUCUGCCCGUAUAUAGUGAACGUAUCUCUGCUUCUGGGAGCGAUCCUUUCAUGGGGACUCAUGUGGCCUCUCAUAAACAACCAGAAGGGCCACUGGUAUUCUGCGGAUAUCCCACCGAGCAGCCUUCAUAGCUUGCAAGGUUACAGGGUGUUCUUAGCCGUCGCCUUGAUUCUUGGCGAUGGCCUCUACAACAUCCUCAAGGUCCUGCAUCGAACUAUAUACUCGUUUGUUUCCGCUGCGCGAAAACGCCCAACGAGCUCUCUUCCCAUCUCGGACGGUGGCCGUGCUGUAACGAGUCCGGCAGCUUCGUUCGACGACAAGAGGCGAACCGAGAUGUUCGUUAAAGAUCAGAUCCCGAAGUGGGUGGCAUAUGUAGGCUACAGCGCCAUUGCCAUCGUCUCCAUAGUUACGAUUCCUCACCUCUUUCCUCCGCUCAAGUGGUACCAUAUCUUGGUCGCCUAUGUGUUCGCCCCAUUGCUGGCUUUCUGCAACGCCUAUGGCUGCGGCCUCACCGAUUGGAAUCUGGCGUCCACCUACGGCAAGCUUGCCAUAUUCGUGUUUGGAGCUUGGGCAGGAGCUCACCAUGGCGGCGUGCUUGCAGGCCUUGCGGCCUGCGGCGUCAUGAUGAGCAUCGUUGCCACUGCCUCAGAUCUCAUGCAGGACUUCAAGACCGGAUACCUGACACUAGCUUCUCCCAGGUCAAUGUUCGUGAGCCAAGUCGUCGGCACCGCCAUGGGCUGUGUGAUCGCGCCGUGCGUUUUCUGGCUCUUCUACAAGGCGUUCGACGACAUCGGCAUCUCCGGCAGUCAAUACCCAGCGCCUUACGCUCUCAUCUACCGCAACAUGGCGAUACUUGGAGUUGAUGGCUUCUCCUCGCUCCCGAAACACUGUCUCACCCUCUGCUACACAUUCUUCGCGCUCGCCAUUGUCAUCAACUUGGCAAGAGAUACGUGCCCAAAGAAGGUAGCGAGGUUUAUACCAAUCCCGAUGGCCAUGGCUAUACCGUUCUACAUCGGCACAUCCUUCGCCAUCGACAUGUGCUUGGGAAGCGCGAUACUGUAUGUGUGGGGAAGGAUCAACAAGGCCAAAGCAGAUGCAUUUGGUCCCGCAGUGGCAUCUGGCUUGAUCUGUGGCGAUGGAAUAUGGAGUCUGCCUCAGGGAGUGCUUGCGCUGGCUCGAGUGAAGCCACCAAUAUGCAUGAAGUUUCUCUCAAGGAAAAUGAAUAACAAGGUAGACGCUUACAUCGAAACCUUGUCAUAGUUCUCUUGUAGAUGGGAGAUGAUGCAAAGCAUUCUAUCAGGAAUAUAUAUCCACAUCACAGACCAUGUCUUGAGCUACUUUUAUUUGAUGGCUUGUGUUUCUUUGUCUAGUGGAAGUGCUGAGUAGCUCUGUAAUUAUAGUAUGAACAACCUACAUGUGAUGAGAACUUGAGAAUGAGCUGUGGUGGUUGCCAGUGCAAA